UUUCCUGUAUGCUGUGAUUUCCUGUUCUAUCUAAAAGCAAAAUUAAACGCCGAACGAAAACGUGAAUUUCAGUUUUAUAAAGUUAAUAAAUUGCAUUCAAUGGUUUGGCGGGAAAGGACAUUAGCAUACUUCCCGCCCGUGGGCCAAUCAGAAAGCAUGUUGGAAAUAUUAACCCGGUAAAAUAUUAAAAGUGUUCACUAAUCGAUAGAUCUGGAAAACAAUUAAACAAAUGUCAGUAUUGAAAUUAUGUGCUAGCCUGUCAACACUUUUUCGAUAUUUUUCUUGAAUUUUUGGGCUUGAAAUCGACAAUUCAAGUGUAACUCAAGUGUAUAUUCCAUUACAGCACUUGAAAUAUUAGCUGAGAUGUUUACGAAAGUGGUUUAAAUCCAAAUUGAAUAUAAAGCAAAGUCCGCGUAAUGGCUGAGGUAUGUCGAUUGUCAACCCGUCCAGCCGUUGUUGUAAACAUGUGUCAGUUGCUUUACAUAUUUUGUGGUUUUCUGUUUGCUUUUUGCCUUCAAUACGUCUGUUCUGUCUUUUUAGAGUCGACUAGGCUACAUGUUAAUGCUAGAAAAUGGCAGUUCAAAAGAUCUUGAACAAGUUCGCGUUGAGCUUCACAACGACGAGCUUAUUGUACGACGCGAUACCAGUCGCAAGAAUACAAGUCGACCUUUAAAAAACGUAUGUUUAUACGAUAUUGUUAUGUGCUUUUAUUGAUGUAUGCUGUCUGUUUGUUGUAUGGCCUGUACCCGGUUUGUUUACGGAAAUCUAGACGUGUAUUUUUAAACGGUAACCUUAAAAUUGCAUUGUAAUGGGGUACUUUGUUUGUAGCAUACAUAUUAUAGUAAUUAUAAUAAAGCCAGAUUUUUAUACAAAUUUGCUUAAAAUACUAUGAGCCCUUUUAGGAUGUUUUUUUUUACUGUCAAGGGAGACAAUUUUAUGUUUUUACCAGCUGCUCGCGGGUAGUAUUCAUGGCAAAAUUGGAUAUUGUUGAAUAUAAACUUAGCUCUUUUAUAUUCACUGAUAAGCAAAUGAGUGAAUUGCAAAUAUGUUUGCGCCUUAUCAUUGUCUCCUAUAAAGUAAUUAGCACCCCCAUUUAUACUUAUUCUGUGCCUAGAUAACUGUUGAGUAAUGUCAUUUGUUGCUAGUGACCUUGUAGCUUGUUUAAAUUACAAGCAACUGCCUGAACUGAGGAAUAUUAAAUACAUCAGACUCCAUCAUAUUGCUAGCUGUGAGAUAUAUUAAAACAGGCUCUUGGCAAAAGGAUUUUGUCCUGUGAUCACAGGGCAAAAUCCUCUUUGACUUGGCAACUUCCUUUUCUCUACCCUCUGGAAUAGUGGAAGAGCCUGUUUCAUCCUAAAUCCAUUGCUUAUUGCUAAUCCACCCCUCCCCAUCGCAGAGUCUGUGGACUUGUUCUGUUAAAGUUGUUCCAGAUGAAAUCUACCUGUCUAUUUGUCAUGCUCAGUGAAAGCUACCUUAUCCGGAACAAGUCUGUGAACUUAUGCGAUAUGAAAUCUAUAAAUCUAUGAAAAUUAUUUAAGUAUUUUCUUCUGGAGCUUCUGCGCUCCAUGUAAACAGCCGUGAAGUAAAAGAAAUAGGAGACAUUAUAAUUAAGCAAGCAAACAAAUCAUGCUGGCAUAAUUUAACCCCCUGCUCAGUUUUGCUUUAUCACGAAGAAAGUAUAAUGUUUAUCAUGCUAAUUUUAUCAGAUUUUGUAAUCAGAUAAGAUAUAAUACUAUUGUACAUUGAAUGUUAUAAUAUAUAGGUUUGGUUAUCUGUUAUUUGGUUUAAAAGCAUUGCAGUAUGAUACUGGAAGAAUAAAAGCGGCUAGUCGUCAUUAUACCUAAACACUUUGCAAAAUUCACAGCAAAACUAGGUUUUCAUAUUUGAACACUGACAUUACAGCAAGUAUUAUAUAUUUAAAUUAUAUACAGUGACCCUAUGGGGGGCAUUUUUAAUUGACAUGUUUGGGAGUCCAAUGAUUCCUUAAGUUGUUUGGUAGAUCAAAUUGAAAGCACUCGUAUAAAACUAAGGUGAAAUUAUAAUAUGCAGUCAACUGCAUAUUGCAGGAAUAUAAGGCCCUAUGCAAGGAUUAAGUGCAAUGCUGGAGCGGUGUCUAAAUCAAUGAAGUUUGGCAGGUUUUGAUUAAGUUCGACACGACCCGAAGAUGCGACAAGACAAGUCUAUGCGACACAGGUUUGACGUUGAUUUAGACGCUGUGCUUUUCAUGUGCCGAACCUAAUGCAUAAUUAUUUUUUAACUUUUUAAUAUAAUUAUCAAUAUAUUGUCCACGCAAUUUGGAAUGGUACAAUUAAGUUUGACGUCUAAAUCAGUUUCCGAUAUUUUGCCGUAUCUACAGCAAUCAGAUUCGGCGCAUGAAAAUUUUGCCAUCUAAGCCGGGCCUCACCCCAGUCACAGACGUCAAAUACACUGGAUCACCAACACUCCGAUAUCGGUUAUUUUAAUCCAGGGUACAGCGUCAGCAAUCCAGGGUUCACCUUCAGCAAACAGCCAUGCAAGCAAAGACCCAAUUGAGAAGGUGUGUCUUUAAUUAUAGAGUGUAAUUAACUUUAACGGAAUGGAGGGUAAUUAUAACCUUAAUGAGAAGGGGUGUAAUUAACUAUAACAAGAUGGAAGGUAAUUAUAACCUUAACAAAAAGAAGUGUUAUUAGCUUUAACGAGGAGUCUAAUUAGCUUAACGAGAAGGAGUCUAAUUAGCUUUAAUGAGGAAGAGUGUAAAAUUAGCAUUGCGAGAAGGAAUCUAAUUAACUUUAAGGAGAAAGAGUGUAAUUAGCUUUAAUGAGAAGGAGUCUAAUUAGCUUUAUCAGAAGGAGUCUAAUUAGCUUUGACGUGAAGGAGUCUAAUUAACUUUAACGAGGAGGAUUGUAAUUAGAUUUAACAAGGAGUCUAAUUAGCUUUAAUGAGAAGGAUUGUAAUUAGCCUUAACGAGAAGGAGUCUAAUUCGUUUUAAUGAGAAGGAGUGUAAUUAGAUUUAAUGAGAUGGAGUCUAAUUAGCUUUGACAAGGAGGAUUGUAAUUAGCUUUAAUGAGAAGGAGUGUAAUUAGCUUUAAUUAAUGAGGAGGAUUGUAAUUAGCUUUAAUGAGAAGGAGUCUAAUUAGCUUUGACAAGAAGGAGUCUAAUUAGCUUAAUGAGAAGGAGGCUAAUUAGCUUUAAUAAGAUGGAGUAUAAUCAGCUUUAAUGAGAAGGUAUGUAAUUUACUUUAACAAGAAGGAGUCUAAUUAGCUUUAACGAGCAGUGUAAUUAGCUUUAACAAGAAGAGUGUAAUGAGCUUUUUAAUGAGAAGGAGUUUAAGUAAUGUUUAUGUGAAAGAGUGUAAUUAACUUUAAUAUGAAGAAGUGUAUAAUUCCACCGUUGAACCUCAUCAUUUCAUCUAGGAAAGAACAGUUGUUUUGAAACGAGAAUCUAGUGGUUUGGGAAUAAGUGUAAAGGUACAUUGUAAAACAAUAAAUUUUCUAAAAAAUGUGUCAAGAAAGAACCACUUUCGUUUAGGAAACAAUUUCCAUUUUAGCCUCUUAUUUUUCUAUUUAUCUUCUGUCUUUUCAGGGUGGUUCAGAAAAUAGAAUUCCAGUACUUAUUUCAAAAAUAUACGAAGGUCAAGCAGGUAUAGGCAAUUUCUUUUUGCUCUUCAGUGGCUUUAAAGACACUGUUCAGCCUUUUAAGGUGUAUUUAAGGUAUUUUUAAGGUGCAUUUCAGCUCUUUUAAUUGAAAAAAACUAACUAGGAAAAUCAAUUAAGCAUAAUUCAAGAUCAGCCAACUUAAUGUUUUUAACAUUUUAAAACAUUUUUAUUGGUAAAAACAUUGAGUUUACUUAUCUUGAAUUAUGCAUAAUUGAUUUUCCUAGUUCGUUUUUGAAAUGGGUUGAAAUGCACCUUAAAACCUUCAUUCAAAAGGCUGAACUAUGCCUUUAAAACUAACUUUGGAAUUUUAUCUUUCAUUAAUGCUACUUUCUAAUGUUCACUUUAGCUGACAAAAAUGGGCAAUUAAACAUUGGAGAUAUAAUUCUAAAGGUAUCCCGAUUUUGCUUUGUUAUAUUUGGGAGAAAAAAAUCCAAAUAAUAUGUUUGUUUAUUAUAUUAAUGUUUUCAAUAAUCAGGUUGAUGGCAAAGAUAUGAGAAAUGCAACACAUGACGAUGUGGUAAAUUGCUCUAGCUUCAUAAUCUGUUGAUAUUUGCUGUAUACAGGGUGUAUAAAAAAAAAGGUAAUCGAACUUCAGCGCGCUAUUGUAUCUGAAUUACUCUAAGUAUGAACGAGAUUUUUUCACAUUCGGAAAGAUCAUGCUAUUAGCUGUUAAAUGACAUCUUCUUCAUGCCAAAUGGAUAAAAAAUGAGCAAAUACGAAUCCGAUAAAAAAUGUUAGUCAGAAUAGCAUAUUUUCACCGUUGAGAGUUAGGUCUAAAACCAUUGAAAAUGAAUUCCCUUUAGGACUUAAGUUGAUCAAUUUCACUUCAUUAAACUGCACACAUAUUCAUAAUCUUAGCACGUUCGUGAUUAAUUGAUUUUUUCUUUUGUUAUGCAUUGUUUUAAUUAGGCACAGAGGUGAAAAUAUGCGAUUUUGACUAACAUUUUUAAUCGGCCUUGUACAUGCUUAUUUUUUCUCCACUUGGUAUAAAAAGCAUGUCAUUCAAUAGCUAAAAGCCUGAUCUUUCCGAAUAUGAAAACCAAUUGUUCAUACGCAUAGUAAUUCACGUAUAAUAGCGCGCUGAAGUUCGAUUACCUUUUUUUUUAUACACCCUGUACAUCGUAGAUUGUAUGUAAACAAACAGCGUUAAAUUUCCAGGUCGAAGCCUUGAAGAAUGGCGGAGAUUGUGUGACAUUGGUUGUGAAGCAUUUAAAAACAAGUAUUUAAUAUUAAAAUAAUGAUUACUGGUAAUUAAUUUAUGAGUUGACGAACAUCAGUCGUUUCAAGUAUGGUCUUACUUUUUAUUCUUUAGUUACUCCGUAUCUAAGACAAGCCGCAGCAGUUGGUAAGUAUACAUGUCUUAAAGUGCAAAUUCAGUGGUGAAGCUGUGUUUGAACAACCUGAAAAAGAUAUAAAGCACCUCAGCAUUUAAAGUGAGAGCCUGUUCGCAGGCUAUUAAAGUGAAUGACCUUUGUUUGGAGGAUAAUGUUGUUCCACAAUGCUACGAACUUCCAAAGAAGGGUUGCAUUCUUUCAUUUAUUUGAUUGAAGUUGGUAUGUUGUUUGGUGUUUAUUGUGACAAAUUGUUUUUUAGGAAAGGAAGAAACAGAGACUCAUUCAAACGAACUAGAAUCAUCUUCUAACAAGGUCAAUCCAAUUUUUUCUUCAAACUAAUAUUUCUAAGUAUUAAAAGUCACGCGCAAAAUCUAAUUUCAAGUUUUGUACAUAAGAUUCUGCAUUUACAUUUCUAUUAAACAUGUGUUGAAAUCAACUUUUAUUGCAAGUUGAGGCAAUUUUGUUGUCCAUAUUGCUUCACCUUAAAGAGACUGUUUCAUAAUCUAUUUUCCACACAGUCCCCGGAGACAUCUUCCAACCGUUCGUCGUCAUCAAUGAGCGAAACUGUAGUGGAAGAAAUAACAAUACCUCUGGAUAUGGCCUCGUUAUCACAGUACAAGACUGGCGAGGAUACAUUGAGGUUAGGGUUACUACUGGAUAGCUCUACCAGUUCUAAAUGAUUCCAGCUAUAUAGCAGGCAGAACGUAAGACGUAACAGCUGUCUACGGCAAUUUUGACAGUUUCCACGGCAUUUUUCAAAUUACUAUAAUAAACUUUAAUUUUAUUGUUACUUUGGAUUUUUGACAAGCUAGAAACAUGUCUACGUAUUUCUUUAGUGUUUUUUUUUUCGAAGAAAACUUAGACUAAACUAGUGAUUUACGCAUGAAUUGAUCAACAUCUGAAUUCAAGUAUCAAAAUAGUAAUGCACAGUGAAUAGUAUAAAAAUUGCAGUAUACGGCAAAAAAUUGCCGUCGUUGCCGCAAUGAUUCACGGCAUUUUGUUCUCCCUCUACGGCAAUUGCCGCGAUUGCCGCGAUAAAAUUCGAGCCCUGAGCUAUAGACUAAAUUUUGAUCCAGGCAAGAAGAACAAAAUCCAUCACCAUUAGUAAAAUUGCAAAGUUUAGCAGCGAAAUUUGUAUUACGCACGGGAAAAUGCGCCACAUUUGGGCCGAAAGUGGUGCAUUUUCCCGCGCGUAAUACAAAUUAAUACAAAAUUUGCUAAUUUCGCAGGGCUAUAUUUUCCUCAUUUUACAACAUUUCGCAACCAAACUUUGCAAUUUUACUAAUUUUGACAUGCUCUUUCUAACUGUGGUGAUGGAUUUUGUUCUUCUUGCCUAGAUCAAAAUUUAAUCUAUAGCUGUAAUAAUCUAUUAUGGUUCUUAACGGUUUGGUAUGGUUCACCCUUUAUUGAUAGAGUCAAACUGGAAGCACUCUUCUCAAAUGUGAUUGAGAAGAAAUUAUAAUGAAGCAACUGCGUAUUGCUGGAAUAAAUAUACCCUUUUCUUUAGAGAUGGUUUCGAGGUGAUCUCGAAAGAUGGUAAGGUUGCCGUGACGUUGUUCAGCAACCAACCCGAGGACCUCACCGUCUGGUAUAAAGCUGUGAAGAACAACAUCAUUAUCUCCGCAAGACAAAUGGUAGGUUCCUCGCCUGCCUGCCUAACUAAACUAACUUUAAACUGUUCUUCCUAGAGAUCCAGUAAGAGGCAUCUCUUAUUGUUCCAGUAUCUCUGUUAGUUCUAAACAGUUCUUCCUAGGGAUCCAGUAGGAGUCAUCUCUUAUUGUUCCAGUAUCUCUGUUAGUUCUAAACAGUUCUUCCUAGAGAUCCAGUAAGGGUCAUCUCUUAUUGUUCCAGUGUUACUACAGGAGGAAAUCUAAACUAAACGAACUUUAUUUAUACUGGAUAGUUCUAUCAGUUCUAAACUGUUCUUCCUAGAGGUCCAGUAAGGAUCAUCUCUUAUUGAUCCAGUGUUACUACAGGAGGAAACCUAAACCAAACUAACUUUAUUCAGACUGGGUAGCUCUAUCAGUUCUAAACUGUUCUUCCUAGAGGUCCAGUAAGGAUCAUCUCUUAUUGUUGCAGUGUUACUACAGGAGGAAACCUAAACCAAAUUAACUUUAUUUAAACUUGGUAGUUCUAUUAAUUUCCAUCCUUUAAUAGUCAUUUAUGUAUUUAAUAGAUAAGAUCUUUGAAUUCUACUCUUUCUGAAGAUGAACAGGUAAAAAUACUUCCGUAUGAAUAAAGCUUUGGAGUUUGCUAUGAAGUUUUUCGUUUAAACCUUGGAUUAAGCUAGUCAGCCCCAAGAUUAUAUAUCGUAAUAUGAUCUUAUAUCUUGCUGUUUCCAGAUUGUGUUUAUGAACUGGGUAUGGGAACGAUGUUAUCAAAGGGGUCAACGUCAAACGUGGUAUAGAAAGAUGCUAGCAAUCAAAGGAAGCGAGAUAUUGUUGUUUAAUCGAGCUCCUGUGAGUAAUCAGGUUUCUGUCGUGCGGGCUUGUCGAAAUGAUGGAAAUUCUUUAAAAAAAACCAACAAACAUCGGUGUUUCGAGCUAAGGAAGUUGGACGCAAAUUACCUCAAAAUCUUCACUACUCUCUGAACGUAUUCUUCGCGUUUUUUAGAGUUCAAUAAGAGAUUGGUCAAGACAAGAAUUUGCUUAUUCCUUGAUUGAGAUCGAACAUAAUGUUUGUAAGGUAGGUUCAGCAGGGCUCAAAAUAUCGGGAUAUAGGUACCAUAACGACUGUAUCACCAACAUUGCUCUGCAAUUCUAAAUUGUCUUGCGUAUUUUAAUGAUGUAAAUAUAUUUAGCAAGACGAUCUGUUGGACAAGAGAAAACAUUGUUUCACCAUUGAAAGUACACAGAAGAAAAAACAUUACUUCGGAGUAGGUAUGUAAGUACGAAUCUAUGUGCGAAUCUUCUUUUGCCAAAUCAAAACUGAAAAGAACGAACGCGUGCUCCAGCCCGAUUUCCUGUCCUUGAAAGGCCCGAUUCGUAGGCAAACAGUGCGCGCAAAGCAGGCUGGGCAUUUCCCAUUGUUUAAUUGCUCCACACUCAAGUAACCACAAAGACUCGCAGUCAGAGGAAGAGAUUAUUUCGUUGGCCUCAGAGUGACAAAACGUAACAAAGCAACGGUUUUACUAACACUAACCCUACUCCAAACACCAACUCUAACCCUAACCCUAAGGACUUAACCCUACUCCAAAUCUGUUUCUAAACCAAUCUUGAAAAAAAAACGUUUUGACGAAAUGUCAUUCUGAGGUCAGCGAAAUAGUUGAUGCUCAGUCACAGAUGUUGCUCCGUGAGUCGAAAAUGCGAUGGUAAAUGGAAGCCAAUAAAUGAAGAAGUCUUAAUGAUGUUUUUGUAGAUACACACGCAGAUCUAUUGGAUUGGACAACGAAAAUAGUAAACUCUGUCCGUAUGACAGUGGAAAGAGUAAAGGCGAAGAUCUACCCGGGUUCGUGGAAAGGUACAAGAGUUAAAUUGCAUUUGGACAUUGAGGAAGGAUUGAAGUUAUACACAAGCGAUGACAAGGUGAUACAUUCUUUAUCCUUCAUUAUCCCUCUAUGUCUUUCAAAAUCCCUCCUUAUUCACGUAAAUUCUCAUGUUUCGUGCCCAACCCUGGAAAGAGGUUGACCCCCAACCUGACACUAAAUCUAACUUCGGCUAAGCGCAAAACAUGAGGAUACCUGAAGAGAUAUCUUAUAAUCCUUAUGUUUAAUAUGUUACCUUUUUUAUCAUUUCCCUUUCAUGUCUAUUCUUAUCCACUCAUAUCUUUUCUAAUUUUUUACCCUCGUAACUAAAUGAAAUUCGCUGAAGUACUGUAGUGCUGUUAUCAUAAUGAAAUUGAGGCGCGCCUUUCUGAGUAAGGCCUCAUUCUUUUCAUUAUAUUAUUUCACAAUAUCUUCGAAGUUGACCAUCAUCUGCCUUCCUGUAACACUUACUGAAAUCCACCAUUGUUUAGACGUUACUGUGGAGCCACAAGUUUUCUCAGCUUCGUGGAUCAUCGGACAAUGGAAUAACAAAACUUACUUUGCUCUUGCAACCUGAAACUGGUCCCGUCGAGGAAAUGGUAUGGUUGAUGAGAUCCUUCGGGCUUGAAAUAUAUUUUUCGUUGUCGUUUUUCGUUCCUUUAUUGAGUAAGAAAUAUUCAUACGCUGCCGUGGUUGCCAUUUGAACGUAGUUCAGACACGAACCACGACGGCUUAUUGUAGACGGCUACCUACACUGGACCAUCACGUUUGAGAUAUCUUUUUCAGGUGGUUCAGACACAAACCACGGCAGCUUAUUAUAGAAUACUUCCUACAUUGGACCACCACGUUUGAGAUAUCUUUUUCAGGUGGUUCAGACACAAACCACGGCAGCUUAUUGUAGAAUACUUCCUACAUUGGACCACCACGUUUGAGAUAUCUUUUUCAGGUAGUUCAGACACAAACCACGACAGCUUAUUGUAGAAUACUUCCUGCAUUGGACCACCACGUUUGAGAUAUCUUUUUCAGGUAUUUCGGACACAGACCACGACAGCUUAUUGUAGAAUACAAUCUAAUUUGUUUACUUUCGUUUUCUAGGUUAUAGACUUUGCAAACAUCCGUGAGGUCAUGUUGGCCCUGCUUUCAUUUUAUUCCGCUAAAUUAGCGAACAUCGAUCCUGCAUUUUUAAAGAAUUUAUAGAUUAUAGAUCACAAAUAUUUUAAUGCCAUUUGAAAUGUAUAGGGCAGAAUCCUACUGUAUCUAACUUGCAGUAAAUUAUCGCAAUACUGUUGACCCAAUGCAUGUUAAGAAGGCGAAUUAAACCGACAGUUACAGAGUUGUAAAAAUACAAUACAAAACAAACCGUUGCCUUGUCUGUUUUGAAUAAUUUUUUAAAGGUUUCUUUUUAACUUUUAUAAGUUAAAUGUGAUAGUGUUAAUUUUAUCAUCGAAGAGUAUUAUGUAAAGGAAAAUAGUUGUAUAAUGUAAUAAAUUUUAUUGACUUAUUUG